AUGUACAAGGUACUGGAGCGCAUUUUCCUGGACCAACUCAUUAAACAUCGCGAAGAAACGACGCGCGACGAGCAAGCUGGCUUUCGUCCUGGCCAAUCUACGAUUGACCAGGUGUUCAUCGUCAGGAGAGUGAUCGAAAUCUGGCAGCGGUAUUCGAAGCUAAUGCAACUAGCGUUUCUGGACUUUGAAGCCGCUUUCGACUCUCCUCACCGAGGCCGACUUCUCAACGCGCUUCGUGCCGAUGGAGUACCAGGGAAGUUCGUUCGUUUGCUUGAUGACAUGAAUCAACGAACAACUGCUGCAGUUCGAACACAAGCCGGAUGUACAACACCGCUUGAAGUUGUAACUGGAGUAAGACAAGGGGCGGUGACACGACCCUUCCUGUUCAAUUUCGCCAUCGACGACAUUAUGCGAAGAACAGUCGACCAGUGUCCUGCCGACAUUGUCUUAGCACCAUCAGGGUUCCCCUUGACUGACCUCGAGUACGCCGACGAUGUUGUUAUAUUCGCGAAAAGCAUUACGAAACUUCAACAUGUUGUCAACCUUGUAUCGAAGCUGGCUGCAGCCUACGGACUACGCCUACGCCCUGAUAAAUGUAAGCAGAUGUGGAUCUCUUCUAGACUUUGA